UGAAGUCCGCUCGGAUCCGGCGGUAUUCCUGCUGUCCCCUAUCCAGCCGUGGCGAUUGUCCGUUGACCCGAGGCCCAAAGCAUCGCUGUCCGGUUAGCUUCGGUUCGGUCCCCACAAUUCCGGCUUCGGGCUUGGUGGGCCAAGCAGUCUCGGCAAACUUAAGCCGGCUUAUCCCCAGUUUUUGCCGAGCAUCGCAUGCCAAUUGACUUGUGCCGAACUCAGACGACGAGCGAGGACACAUCUGCGCCGGGACGCGACCUCGCCCUCGGUAAUUUCAACUCAGUACGGCGGCUCGAUGCUACGCACGAUUGUUCCCCGCGUUUCCCGGCGGACCCUGUCGGCACGGCCGCUGUGCGCCCUCGUCUCGGGCCCCACUGGCGCCGGCGCCCGUCGGCUCCUAUCGGCCUCAGCCAGAAUGGCCGCGCUCCCACCCGUCGAUCCAACCAUGCCCUCAACGGCGCCGGCCACAUCAUACCAGCUCCUCCCGGAGGCACGGAAAGCGGGCGCCGCUGAGGAUGCGCUACAUCAACAACAGGUGCAAGAGGUCGAGGCGUGGUGGGCGUCGCCCCGCUUCGCGGGCAUCAAGCGGGACUGGACGGCCGCCGACGUGGUCAGCAAGCGCGGGUCGCUACAGCAGUCGUACCCGAGCUCGAUCAUGGCGCGCAAGCUUUGGAACCUGGUCCGCGAGCGCGAGGCUGCCGGCCAGCCGAUCCACACGCUGGGUGCCAUCGACCCCGUCCAGAUGACCCAGCAGGCGCCGCACCAGGAGGUGCUGUACAUAUCCGGCUGGGCAUGCUCAUCGCUGCUGACGACUACGAACGAGGUGUCGCCCGACUUUGGCGACUACCCCUACAACACGGUCCCCAACCAGGUGCAGCGCAUGUUCAAGGCGCAGAGCAUGCACGACCGCAAGCAAUGGUUCCUGCGGUCCAAGAUGACAGCCGAGGAGCGCGCCAAGACGCCGUACGUUGACUACUUCCGCCCGAUCAUCGCCGACGGCGACACCGGCCACGGCGGCCUCACGGCCGUCAUGAAGCUGGCCAAGCUGUUCGCCGAGAACGGCGCGGCGGCGGUGCACUUUGAGGACCAGAUGCACGGCGGGAAAAAGUGCGGCCACCUCGCGGGCAAGGUGCUCGUGCCGACGGGCGAGCACAUCAACCGGCUCAAGGCGGCGCGCUUCCAGUGGGACGUCAUGGGCACCGAAAACCUGCUAAUCGCCCGGACGGACUCCGAGAGCGGCAAGCUGCUGUCGUCGUCCAUCGACGUGCGCGACCACGAGUUCAUCCUCGGCGUGGCGGAUCCGUCGGUCGAGCCGCUCGCCGAGACGCUGGCGACCCUCGAAGCCAAGGGCGCGUCGGGCGCCGAGAUCGACGCCUUCGAAGCGCAGUGGGUGAAGAACACCAAGCUCGUCACCUUCGACGAGGCCGCGGUGGCCCACUUCGAGGCGCGCGGCGUCGGCGCGGACAAGAUCGCCGCGUACACGCGAGCGGUCGCGGCGGACCGCGACAUGGGCAUCACCGCGCGGCGCAAGCUCGCCGCGUCCAUCACGCCGGACAGCCCCGUCUACUGGAGCUGGGACGUGCCGCGCACCCGCGAGGGGUUCUACCACUUCCGCGCGGGCAUGGCGGCGGCCACCAAGCGGGCGCUGGCCUUCGCGCCGUACGCCGACAUGCUCUGGGUCGAGACGGGCGACCCCAACGUGCGGGUGGCCGCGGACCUCGGCCGCGCCGUGCGCUCCGCCUUCCCCGGCAAGCCGCUCGUGUACAACCUCUCGCCGUCGUUCAACUGGAUGGCGCACGGGUUCACGCCCGAGACGCUCCGGAGCUUCAUCUGGGACAUCGCGCGCGAGGGCUUCGUGCUGCAGCUGGUCAGCCUGGCGGGGCUGCACAGCACGGCGACCAUCAGCAGCGAGCUGGCGAGGAGGUUCAAGGACGAGGGCAUGGCCGCGUAUGUGGAGCUCGUGCAGAAGAGGGAGAAGGAGCUCGGCGUGGACGUGCUCACGCACCAGAAGUGGAGCGGGGCGAACUAUGUGGAUGCCGUCCUGGGGCAUAUCCUGAGCGGGAGCUCGGGCAGCAGGAGCAUGGGCGAGGGGAAUACGGAGGGGCAGUUUGUGUAGGUGCCUAGCUACCUUUCUUAAACGUAAGAACUUAUGUAAAAGUUCAAUUUGCCACAACAAGAAGGGGAAUGGCUUGUCAUCGUGCCCCUGACGGAUGCUUAGUCCUUUUGACCUAACUAACUGCUUUGGUGACUGUAAGUGGUCUCAUGAUCUUCAUGGAUUUUAUCUAGUGUUCAACACAGAAGGAGGACAUUAAGUGGCCCAGGGAGUUUAUCUGGCUUAUCUGAGCCCCACU